AUGCAAGUAGCUAUCGAGGUACCAGGGGAAGCUAACCCGCUGACCCUCCAAAACGUUAUACAUGCCUUGACAUCGGCGGCCUCUUCUUCACAACAGCAGCUUCGGAGCGGAACGGCACAGCUUCAGGCUUGGGGGAAACAACCGGGCUGUCACUCGCUUCUACAAGAUGUGUUUACCGACUAUUCCCUUCCAUUCGAAGUUCGAUACCUUUCAAUUAUACAAUUAAAGAACGGCAUAGACAAGUACUGGCGGAAAACAGCAGACAAUGCCAUAAAAGCAGAAGAGAAAAAUAGGAUCAAGAGGAGAGCAAUAGAGGCUGGAGUUGUUGAGCCUGCACCUCAACUUGCCUUACAGAAUGCGUUGAUUGUGGCUAAAAUAUUACGGGCAGAAUUCCCACUUGAAUGGCCUGAAGCUAUCUCUGAGAUAUUAGGACAUCUCCGCGCGUCUAUUCAACCUGGUGCUAAUCCAGUUCAACUCUCGCGUACUCUCCUUAUUCUCCUGCAGGUUAUCAAGGAACUCUCUACCGGGCGGCUAGAGAAAACACGAAGAGGACUCCGAUCAGUGGCUCCGGAAUUGUUUCACGUUAUUGCAAGCAUAUACGUAGAGAAGGUACAGAAAUGGGGUACUUUUUUGGAAUCCGGUGGGGAUGAUGAAGGCGGUGCCCUGGAGGCAGUUGAACAGAGCCUAAUGUCUCUCAAAGUCAUUAGACGACUGAUAAUUUCUGGUUUCGAGCAUCCAAACAGGGAGACUGAUAUCUCAGAAUUUUGGGCUCUCUCGCUAACCCAUCUCGGCAAUUUCUACUCCUUAGUGCAGAGACAGCCAUCUGCUUUCCCUACGGAGGUUGAAAAGUUGAUCGGAAAACAUGUCAUACAGCUCUCCAAGCUACAUUUGGAAAUGGCCAGAUCUCACCCCCCGGCGUUUGGACUGCUUCCUCAAUCUGUUGAUAUGGUGAAAUCUUACUGGGGCUUGGUGGUUGAGCUAGGCAAGACGUACGGCUCAACAGACUUCUCUCAACUCAAAGUUGGGACGGGUGGUGAUGCGGAUGAUGAGGAGAAGCCUCUUCUAGAAAGACUCGGCCUCAAGGCCCUCUUACUUCUCCGAGCCUGUGCAAAGAUUGCGUUCUAUCCCACAAACACCUUCAAAUACCAAAAUCAGCAGGCAAAAGAAGAGAAGAAUCAAUGUGUUGGUUUGAUGAAAUCCGAGAUCUUCAGUGAAGAGUUUGUGGUACAAGUCAUGGAGCUUCUUGUUACCCGCUUUUUCGUGUUUAGAGCCAGUGACCUCCGAGAAUGGGAAGAAGAACCUGAGGAGUGGGAAAAGCAAGAGGAAGAGAUCACUGAGGCCUGGGAGUUUUCAAUUCGGUCUUGUGCCGAGAAACUGUUCCUGGACCUUGUGAUAAAUUUCAAAGAGCUGCUCAUACCAAAGCUAUUGAAUGUGUUCUACAAUUACGCCAGCCCGCAGAACAAAGAUAUCCUAUUAAAGGACUCGCUUUACUCCGCCGUUGGUCUUGCGGCCGCAUGUUUGGAGAAUCGUCUAGACUUCAACUCCUUUCUAGUAUCUACUCUCGUACCAGAAAUCCAAAUUCCAGAACCUGGCUACAAUAUUCUUCGGCGAAGAAUUUCUGUCAUAUUAGGCCAAUGGGUCCCUGUGAAACCAAAUGAGAUCGACAAGGCAUCGGUAUACGGUAUCUUCCAACAUCUCUUGGAUAAAAAUGACCCCAUAAACGACCAAGUCGUUCGUGUGACUGCUGGUCGCCGGUUAAGGCAGGUUCUGGAUCCGUUUGAGUUUUCUGCUGAACAGUUUCAACCGUUUUCAACAUCCAUUCUACAAAGUCUCAUGCAACUUAUCCAGGAAGCUUCUCUUGUAGAGACCAAAAUGGCACUACUUGAGACCGUCAGGGUUGCGGUGGUGAAGAUGGAACGUCACAUAUCACCUUUUGCCGACCAGAUCGUAUCCUUGUUACCGGGAUUGUGGGAGCAGUCUGGUGAUGAACACUUGAUGAAGCAAGCAAUACUAACCCUUCUUUCUUCUCUAAUCCACUCAAUGAGGGAGAACUCAACCAGAUACCACUCCAUGAUAUUACCCCUUAUCCAACAGUCAAUUGAACCUGGCUCAGAAUCCCUCAUUUAUCUCCUUGAAGAAUCCUUAGAUCUAUGGGCAGCUGUCUUAUCUGAAACCCCAAACCCAGCAUCUCCUGAAAUCCUUGCCUUGUUCCCGUCAAUAUUCCCCAUUUUCGCUAUCGGCAGCGACGUGGUUCGGCAGGCUCUGGAGGUCACUGAAUCUUACCUCCUCCUCGCGCCCAGAGAAUUUCUUGACGAAAAUGUCCGCUUCCGCCUCUUUGAUAUCUUCAGCAGUCUUCUCAGCCCAGACGUCACUCCUCGCAUCGGUUUGGUACCCCACCUUGCAGAGUUGCUCAUACGAACGGGUGAAUCUGCUUCUGAAGAAAACAGUGAUAACGUAUACGGCGCCAUCGCCAAGUCUCUUUUAAGCAGUGGCUUCAUGGAAACUCUCCUCUCCGCUCUCUAUGGAGCGCACGAGUCCCGCCAGACGACGGGACCUAACAGGAAACAAGCCACUAUUUACGGCGUGGCUGAAACGGACCACCUAUCAGUCCUUGCACGUCUUGCCCUUGCUUCACCCCGCAACUGUAUAUCGGCAGUAACAUCUGCGAUUAGCACAUCAUCUGAAGAACAGACAUUCACCUGGAUUCUCAGCGAAUGGUUUGCGCACUUCGAUAACAUCGGAGACAUCAACAAGAAGAAACUACAUACCAUGGCUCUCACCCACUUACUAACAGUCAACGGCCCUUCAUCCCCUGCUCCAACAUAUCUCCUCAACAACUUACAAUCCUACCUAACCAUCUGGACCGACGUGAUUACCGAAUUAUCAGAUGGCCCAGAAGUGAAUCUCGGCGAUGCCCGGCAUGGAGAUUAUCUGGUUUUCGCAUCGAGCGAAAAUCAUGGCGAGAAGUAUGAUGACACUGAAACCCCUGAGACCACUCGUCGACGGGCCUGGAGUUCCUCGGACGCAAUUCACAAGGUUAAUCUGCGAGAGUUCGUCGGACAACAUCUUCAGGCUUUGGUACAGGUUUGCGGAGGCGCAGACCGGUUUAGAGAUGAGUGGCUGGUUAAUGUUGACGGGGAGGUUGUUAAUGGAUUUGGACAGUUGGGGAUUAUGUAG